AUGGACCACAGAGACCCAGAAGAGGACCCAACGUCAGACUAUGGGGAUUCAAUAGCAACCUCCGAAUUUACUUCAGUUAAUACCAGGGAACUUUACUCCUACGAACAUGGAAGGUGCUUUCUCUGUGGUCGUUAUGGCCUACCAAACGACGAUGCUGAGCAGGUCCGCGAGGGCCUGAAACAUAAGCUGUACCUAGAUUAUCUCCUCGACGGAAAGCUAUUUCUGGCCCCUAUCGGGGACAACCCGCAAAAGAUUGUUGAUCUUGGUACAGGUGUUGGCAUGUGGGCACAAGAUGUCGCCGAAAACUUUCCCAGCGCACGGGUUAUAGGAUGUGAUCUUUCACCCAUCCAACCACAUUGGACGCCGCCCAACGUUGAGUUUCGAGUAGAAGAUCUCGAGGAUGAAAAUCGUCCAUGGACAAGGAUAUAUGAAGAUGCAGAUUUAAUUCAUGUCAGAGCCUUGUUACAGACUCUGCGAAAACCGAGACAGCUAUUGGAAAGGGCUUUUGAAAAACUGAAACCUGGUGCUUGGAUUGAAAUCCACGAAAUUGUUCCCUUCGUCUUCUCCGUUGACGGUACUGCCGGAGACGAUCAUCCUAUGAACCAGUUCUACCGCCUUGUUGAGGGCCCUUUCACCACGAUAUAUGGUUGGAAUCUACGCUUUCCGUUCCAGAUUGUUGAAGCGCUGCGUGACGUUGGAUUCAUCAAUGUCAAUGAACGCCAUUCAUACACCCCUGUUGGCCGGUGGCACCAGGAAGCAAAAAUGAGAGAAAUGGGAAUUUUCACCCAAAACAUCCUCGAGGAAUGGGUCACGGCAAUGCUUGGCCGUCCGGACAUCAUGGGAGUCACAGAAGAAGAGGCAUAUGAGCUUGGGCACAGCGUAUUCGAAACCUUCAACAACACUCGCAUUCACGCACAACUCGACUGGAUUGAUUGCUGGGCCCAGAAGCCGCUUUAA